AUGAACGUGCAGCAAAAUGUGGAUUGCUUCCACUUUGACGCGGGAUUUCGUAUGCCGUUGGUCAAUUUCGGAACGAAUAGCGCCGGUUUCAAGACGCCACAGCCUGGACGAAGAGGCCGAGGCACUUCCUCGUCGUCGGCGAUAUUUUCCAGCGGAAGAUCUGGAACCCACAUCACCUCGUCGAGCUCAAAAACCUCCUCUUUAUCAGAGUCCUGCAACGUCAUUGCUAUUACAGCAGGUCGUGGACAUGCCAGAGGCGAAGUAGGAAUCGCUGCCAUAGAUGUACGAAGGCCUGACAUGGUUUUAUGUCAAAUCAGCGAUCGACAGACCUAUGCUGACACCAUAUCCAAGAUCUACUUUUUCCAACCAGUGGAGAUCCUGAUGCCGGACACGAUGUGCCCGCAGAGGAAUUCCGGAAGUAAACUGUACGAGACUAUUGUUAAUAAUUUCGUGUCGGUCAAUAUUACGCCCAUUCCUCGAAAACACUUCAGCGAUAAGUCUGGCCUGGAUCGAGUAAAGACACUCUGUGCGAAAGACUACGCCAGCGUUCUUCUGGUUAUCGACAACAAGUACUACGCCCUGGCUGCUGCAGCAGCAUUGUUAAAGUACGUGGAAUUCAUCCAGCGCAUUCUGUACGUCCCGAAGGCCAUGAAGAUUCAGUUUCAAGGCCCCCAAAAUGCAACCGUGAUCGACAUGGAGAGUGCACGAAGCCUGGAGCUGGUCACUUCCCUGGCUAAUCUUCCCUUCUACAGUCUUCUGGGGAUCUUGGAUAAGUGUUCGACCCCUGCAGGAAGGAGACUUCUGAGAGCUUCGAUUCUUCAGCCUCCUUGCAUAAAAGAAGUGAUCGAGGGACGUCAAGAAUGCGUCGCAGAGCUCGUCUCGAAGGUCUCCCUGUUGUGUUCUCUUCGGGAGGCUUUGACCAGACUCGGAGGAGCUGAUCGGAUUUUGGAUAUAUCGUCGCAAAACAUGGAGACGGACAAUGUGAAGAACGCCGAGAGGAACCUGAACACCGUCCUCUUGCUGAAAAGCACCCUGGAGGCUCUCACGGAGCUGCGGAGUUCCCUCGAAACCGGGGACGCUCGGUUUUUCCAGCAAGUCCGACAGAACCUGCGAGAUCCGAGGUUUCAGCUGAUCCAUGAAAGAAUUCUAAAGGUGAUCCAUCCCGAAGCGAAGUCGCUGAUGGGCUUCACUUCAGCCAGCAUUCAACGUUGCUUCUCCAUAAGAGCAGGAAUCAGCGACCUCCUGGACGUCGCAAGGCAAACCUACUGCGAGCUCAUCGACCAGAUGAAAAAAAUGAUCGACGAUCUCGCCGAGAAAUUCCGGCUACCUCUGGAGCUGUCCUGCAGCGCUUCGUUAGGCUACCACGUCAGGAUGGACUCGCCACGAGGAAGCAACUUCAAGGCCUCCGAUCUUCCUCCGAUUUUCACCGAAGUGCAAAAGAAGAGGAACACCUUCUACAUGACCACCGAGUUCUUACUGGCACUGGGCCGACAUUGCAUCGAUGCCUGCGACGAGCUGCACGUGAUGAGCAACGUCCUGCUUUUUGAAACGAUCUGUGACAUCAGACCCCACGUAGGAUGCCUCUUCCAACUGGCUGCCGACGUGGCAGAGUUGGAUCUGAUCCAGAGCCUGGCUCAGAGCAGUACAUCCGCCUUUUACGUCAGACCCAGCUUUGGGCCCGAACUCCGAUUAAAAGAUUCCAAACACCCCAUCAUGACCGUCCUAGGAUUCGACUCCACUGUGCCGAACGACGUGGAAGCUUCCAUACGACACAAUUUCUGUCUGAUAACCGGGCCCAACAAGAGCGGAAAGACGAUCUACCUCAAGCAAAUCGUGCUGCUGCACAUCAUGGCACAGAUCGGAUGCUACGUACCGGCCUACGAAGCGCAAUUUCGAAUAGCGGAUCGCAUGCUGUGCGGUAUGUGCUCGGCGGACAACACCCAAUUCCAUGGGUCCUCCUUCGCCGUUGAGAUGAAAACAGCGGAUUACAUCCUGCAGUCCCUGACGCCGAGCACAUUAAUAGUCCUGGACGAGUUGGGCAGAUCGACGGCCGUCGACGAAGGUACCAGUAUCGCCUGGACGAUCUGCGAACAACUGUUGAACAGUCCAGCCUUCACCUUCUGCGCGACGCAUUUUUUGUACAUGACCAAACUGGAAAAGCUGUACCCUAACGUCACGAAUAAUUAUUUCGAGACCUUGUCCGAGACGAAGUCCUCGCAGGAGAUGCACCUGACAUACACCCACAAGCUGAUGAAGGGGGUCGUCGCCCUGAAGAACUACGGGAUGGCUGCUGCCUACUUCUGCGACCUGCCCAGCACCUUGUACGAUACGGCGAAGGAGAUACUUCCCAAAGUGGAGGAGAUCAAGAAGCAACAUUCACCAGAAGAAGACUCUCCCAGGCGCCUGGAGGCGAAAGGAGACUGCUACGAGCGCCUGAAGAAGCUUCUUCACCUCCUCUCCUUGGACCCAAUGCCCAAGGAGGUCCUUCUGAAGGUCUUCCAAGGCCUGCAGCUCGACAACGUGGAAGUUCCGGGGAAAAGCUCGACCCCGAAGUCCAGCUCGGACGAGAGGGAACGCGCAAAGGAACCGAGCGUCCAGAGUUUCGUGUCGGACACCUCUAAAAACGCCCCUUCGUCGAGUUCGUCGCAGAUCGAGAAACAGGAGCUGGUGAUCUCGAAGAGGAGACUCGUGGACAGCUCUACACCCUCGGAUUUCGAGGACAUCGUAGGGAAGCGGCCAGCCUUCGUCCUGUCUCCUCUUCCGGAACACUUUGACUCGAAUUCGAUUGUGAUUCCGUCAUCUCCGAAUUUCAUGGACCAACUGGACAGGAACCAGGCGAUUUCGGAAUUGUCGCAGCUCUCUGAUGACAGUCGAACGAUGUCCAACUUGUCGCUGAGAAGCGGCAGAACUCUGUCCCAGAUGUCCUUCAAGACCGACCGGCCGACGUACUCGAGGAAGAUGCAGAAGGGGUUCGACAUAAUGUCGAAUUUCAUGAAAGAGAAGCAGAGCGGGGCGUCCGUUUGCAGCACUCUGUCUCUGACGUCCAGCAUCUUUGCUCCAUCACGGAGCAUCUCGAACCAAAGCCCGUUUCGGCAGGAUCUCUCGAGGCCUGGAACUUCCACCCAGUGGGACGCUUUUCGGAUCUCCAAUCCAAUGCCUUUGGAGCAGGUUACAGAUGUAACCAGCUUCCCGGGUUCCAUCUUCUCCCUGGACACGCAGGACUCGAUGGACGCCAGGAUCAGAGCUCGCUGCGCGGAAGCGGAGAUCUUCAGGAUGAUCGAAGGCGACGACUUCGACGAACAAGAGUUCCUCGGCUCCAUUCCUACCGAUAGAAACCUAAAUUAA